AUGCAAUGGACAUCUCCAUUCCCUGACUCUUUCUUUAAAAAAGUAUGGGUUGUUGUUUACUUCAUCAUUCUUUGGUCGAUAUGGAAGGAACGAAAUAGCCGAAUUUUUCAGCAGGUAUCUAUGAACACUCAACAAACAGAAGAUUUAAAUCUUCUUCGGCUUGGGUGGUGGAUAAAGGGGUGGGAGCUUCACUUCUCUUAUAGUCCUGAAGAUUUUUUGAGAAACCCACAGUGUCUUCGUUGGUCGUCACUGAAGGAUAACUUUCCAACCUCACCUCCCAACCCGACUGCUUCUAUCUGGUCUCCUCCCCCAGGAAACCACCUAAACUGGAAUGUUGACGCCUCUCUCCACACUGUUCUCAACAAAACAUCAAUUGGAGGAGUUCUGCGAGACUCGGAUGGGAAGUUCAUGUGCAUUUUCUCAAGGAAAUAA